CAAGCCAAAUAACCUUCGUGAAAAUGAAAACCUUCAUCGCUUUCCUCAUCGCCUCGCUGGCUGUUACUGUUCAAGGAUCAUAUCUUCCUGCUGCUACCACCACAGUUGUAGCUGCCAGCCCUACUAGUGCUUGGCCCUACUCGACCGCAUGGAACUCGUGGAACGGUUGGAACAAGUGGAAUGACUACCAGCCUCAUUAUCAGCAGCACGGAUUGGUCGCUUACCCAUCCUACGCUCAGGAUUGGUCUCCAGCUUAUGGUGUUUAUGGUGGUGGACACAAAACCGAAGUCCAGGCAAAUCUCGGUGGUCAUGCUGCUUCCUACCCAUGGGGUCUUCCUUGGGGAUCGUUCGGUGCUGGUUAUGCAGGAAACUUUGGAUGGGGAAAGAAGGUUGUUUAUUAAUUUUGGAUUGAUUAUGAAAUAAAGGAAAGGAUAUUA